GAAAUAUUUGAGAGUGAACGAAGGUACAAACUGCACGUUCGAACCCACCAGCUGCCAGUGAUUUGCUGCAAGGACUGCGGAAAACGAGUAAAGAAUGAACAUGGUCUCGCCAUGCACAGGAAGGCCAAACACGAGAGUCUGCCACCGGGUCGCAAGUCUGACGGCAAAGGCAAGGCCUCUGCUCAGACGCGCUCUGCUCGACGUCGUCCGGCCAACUUGGGGGCUAGGGAUCAAAAGCGCGCAAGCGCUAGAUACGAGGGCCCGAAGCUGCUUUGGCACUGCAAGUUAUGUACCGGGAGCGUCAUGUUCGAAAGCCACGGAGGGCUUAAGCGCCACCGACAUGUCCGUCAUAAGUUAGGCUCCCAGUGCGACAUAUGUCGCAAAGUCGUGCGAGGGAACGGGGGCUUGAUUCGGCACACUUGGGCGCGGCAUGAGUGGCGCUCUGAAUACCCUGAGCAACGCGAAGACAAGCUCGAUAAUGGUAGGAUCAUUUUCGCCGAAGACGAAACAGCAGAAGGGGUUUGUACAUUCGACCCAUCGUCCCGAGACCGGCUUUCGGCUACGAAAAUUGUCCUCGGCAAAGUUAUUUUUCCUCCGGCCCGCUAUGAGCCGAAAGUUCAGUUCGAAAGACGCUCUCUCACGAGCUCAUCCAAAACAAAAGGGAGUAAGGAGCACGCUAGGCCAGUGGAAAACAAAUGCAGUAUCUGUGGGUUCAUGGAGCAAAAAACCGCACUAGCCGAGCAUACACAGGCCGAACAUGCUCGAAAGCUUGUCCACCCCUCGAAAAAGCUCUACGUCUGCAACAGGUGCCCUUGGAGUACACUGGCGCCCGACAAUGUACCGUUAAGAGAUCACAACGCAGCCGUAUAUGGAGUGGAAGUACAGCGCGAUAUUCGUGGCAAAAUCAACUACAAACAUCAGUCCUCUUCCCAGAUUCUUCAGCAACUUUCCGACGGUGAUGCGUGAUGACCAGGAUAUGGUUCUUUGAACACUCCGAAUAUGCGAGGCCUUGGUGCCUUGAAUCUGCCUCGAAUCGACAAAUGUGUCCGUUGUGCUUCCGAAUCUACAAAACCUCUGUAUAUUAUCAUUGUUGUCCGAUGUCGACGCGUCUUUCAUAGCCACUGUACGAAUAUG